AUGGAUUUUUGGAUUCCUGAAGACAUCUUAAUCAAUAUCAUAGCUCGUGUGCCUAUAUGCUAUUAUCCCACCAUCUCGCUCGUUUCUAAGCGCUUCAGAUCUCUCGUUGCGUCGCCUGAGAUAUACACGGCACGAUCUUUGUUAGGCUGCACGGAACACUGUCUCUACGCCCUCCUCUAUUCCGUCAACACCAAAGAUUACCGUUGGUACGUUCUCCAUCGGAAGGCCAACGGCAGUCAUCGCUUGGUCCUUAUCCCGUCGAUUCCUCCUAUGUCUUACUCUUACGAAGGAAGCUUUGUCGCUAUAGGCUCGAAGAUAUAUGUCCUAGGUGCACGUUACGGCGACAGUUCGACAUCGAGUGAGCACGUAAUCGACUGUAGAUCUCACAUGGUGAAACCAAUCAUCAGCAUUCCUAUGCAAAUGUAUCCUGCGGUCCCUAGCGUAAUCGACAAGAAGGUUUACGUAAUCGGAGUUUGUAGGUCUAGUAGUCCUCACUCGAAGAUGGUCAUGGUGUUCGAUACGGAAACACAAAUGUGGGAGGAGCCUGUGAUGAUGACAACACAAGACUUGGAGAAGUUGGACUUAGGUUACGUGUCGUCUCGUUUUGUGGUGAUUGGAGAUAAGGUGUACAUGAAAAGUUAUAAGUAUAGCUUCGUUUACGAGCCAAAGGAAGAUAAACUGGAAAUUGAUGAGAUGUUGAAUUUUAAGCGGUGGGAACAUGCGUGUGUUGUUGACGAGGUAUUGUACUACUUUGACUAUGGUAAGAACAAGUUAAGAGCGUAUGAGACAAGGCACAAGUGUUGGGUUGUUGUGAAAGGUUUAGAAGAAUUGUUGGAUGACGCAGGCCCUUCGUGGUGGUCACGUACUGUGAGUUACGGUGGGAAUGUGGCUGUGUUCUUACAUAAAAGAAAAUAUCGGGAUGAAACAACGGAGAUUAGGUGUGUGGAGAUUGCCUUGGAAAGACGUCAACAAGGAGAGAUUUGGGGUAAGGUUGAGUGGUGUGAAGUUGUGCUUGAAGGAGCCUUUACCCUAAUGAAAUCUGUAGCUGUUAUCAUAUAA